CGAAGACUCGAGACGGGAACGAAUCAUUUCUGUUUCCGGGGGAAUUGACGUGACAAAAAAAAAAAAAAAAACAACGACUCGAUAGUUUAUUAAGUACUAGAUAUUUAGAGGGAAUUUAACAUGUAAUAUUUUAAUUAAUAUUCUACUGAAAUGAACGAAAUGACUCGUUCAUUUUGCUGAACGAAUCUUUCAAAGAUCCGAGUCAGUAAAAUAAUCCGAACUUCCCAUCACUAAUAUAAUAAAGGAUCAAUAAAAUGCACCUAAAACAUUCCCGCAAAACCGCGCUUCGACUUUUACUGUGAACAACCACCGGAGUGCAUUGUGGGAAACUCCUCGAGCUGGGUCAGCUGAUUCUCUUGUACGCAUGUUUCACCGGAGCUCAGUGGUUUAGGAGUCCAGCUGUGAGCGCGUGCGCUGCUUAUUCACACGCGUUAUAGCGCAAAGUCGUCUGUAGUCACGUCAUUUUAUUUCAGCUUUAAUCUGUUAUGUAUGUCAUGUCAUGUCAUGUCAAGUCAAGUGUCCACACUGUUGCAGAAAUUAGCUAACAAACCAGCCACGUGAGACGGACACGUGUUGACUUGCCUGUGUCGGGAAUCAGCCGGUGGCGGUGGAUUUCUCUCUUCCACAUGGAUUAUAAAUUCCCAGCGCAGCUUUUCCCACAUUGUUAUCAGAACGGACCUCCGAAUUUAAUCCCGAAGCAUAAUUACGGAGGCUGGGGCUCCUACGAACAGCUGCUCGAGACAAACAGGAAAUCCUCUCAGAGUGAUGUCAAGGGUGAGACUCCAUUCCUGUUUCAACCCCAGCAUAAGGUGGAUGGAGAGGUAUGGGUCCCUACCGAGCCGAUCGUAACGCCGCUUCUCCCUCCCAACACAGGUGCUAAAUUGUUCCGGGUUCAGCCUGUCAGUCCAGAUGACUUCCCUCAACAUAUGCAGUAUUUCUAUGUGCAUCACUGCAUGGAUUCGUUCUCUGUGAUGGGCCAGCUGCUCGGAGAACACUUCAGUUUUGCCCGCAGAAAUCGUUAUAAAGAUGCCAUCAGUAUGGGUAAGAUGAAGAACUUUCUACGCAACUUAAAUUACAAGAAGUGCGAGUUGCAAUAUUCGCAUCGGGUGAACCGCUAUCACAAUCUUCUGGGUGAUGUUCUCCCCGACGUUCCCUACGCUCUCCUGGCUGAGCUUCUGCAUGAGGAGUUGAUGCAUCAGAAGGAGCUGGAACACUUCCAACCUGCCGCAACUGGGGGCACCCUCGCCUGCAUCCCAAACUUCGAAUGUCAGAAUGAAGCCUUUCUGAUUUAUCCCAGUGGAGACGCACUAGACUCCAUCAACUUUCAUCUUAUGGAGCUGGAAAUCAGUGAAGAUAAACUUCCGGUUGUGAAUGUGGCAGACAAACCUCUGCUGUUCAAUCUGAAAGGAACAGUAAGGCAAGUCAGCGUGGCCCAGGUAGAGGACGAAGCUUAUCUAGGCUUGCGUUCCGAUCAUUUCUGCUCAGCAUGGCUAACGAAAGCCAAUUGCCGUCCUCGGCCGUUGGAGGUGGUGCAGCUGAAGGAACGAGCAACCAGCCUCAAUGUCAGUCCUCAUGCUUCUGGAGAGCUUGCCGUAGCCAGCGAGAGUGGAGCAGCGUAUCUCUGGGUUGUGGGAAAGGGGUUGCAAAAGAUCCGGGAUGAGAAGACGAACCUGUACUUCAAUGCCAAGUCACAGUGGCGAUGGUGCGAGUUCACGAAUCAUCCACGAGUGCUGGUUUACGCUGACAGGACUGGAGCAGAGCUUGUAGACGUCAGGAGCAGAGACGGUCACACGUUGUUCCGGAUCGGUGCGACGGCUGCUUGCAAGCGUGGCGAGAGGGUGGUCUUGGGCAAAUACCUGGCACAAAGCCACGGCUUCCACCACCUCAUCACCACGCAGUUCUCUGCGUACCUCCUGGACGAGCGAAUGCCUUGUGUGCCUGUCCUGAAGUGGGAGCACAUGAUGGAGUCUCCUCCAUGUUUUGCCCAUGUCGUGCCAGCUUUGGACCAAAGCAAUACCUCCAAAAUCCUGCUGGGAGCACAGAGAGCACAGGAGACCCUGUUGCUGCAGUACUCUGGUGGAAGAGAAUGGGCGUGCCAAGCAGACGGCCCAAUUCAAAAACUCUACAGUCCGUGUGAGGGCCUGAAGAUUCGGCAGCUCCCGCAUAGACGGCACAGAUCUGAAGUGAGGUUGGCCGCAAAUGCCACAGGCCUGACUGCAACUCAGAACAGCGGCGUCCUGUGUGUGCUCCAGCUCACCGAGGCUGGGGACAUUUUCUACCAGACGCUGAGACAUUUUGACCCAACCACGUCUGAGCCACAUCAGUCAGACUCUGUAGAACCAGCAUCCACACGACAAAACCAAGUGUCUUUGGAAGAAGACCGCGACUUUGAAAGAGAGCGGCAUCAGCGCAUGCUGAGCCAAGUGGUUGUCAGUGGCCGUGAUGGCGAGGAUGGCUCUCAUACUUCAGAUAAGAAUCAAGUGAGAAUCCCUAUAGAAGAAGAGAUUAACUCUGAGCCUGGUCUUGUUCGGGAGUCAUCCUUGCGUUCCGUUAAGAGUAACUGUGCUCGUCCACCGAGACCAGAGGUCCCCGAAAUGGCUAGCCGCAAGUUAAAAUUAACCUGGAAAAAAUGGCUGGAAUCCCUCUUCGAGGAAGGUGUAGGAAGAAAAGACCACUUGCAGCACAGGAAAAUAAAGACCAGUACUAUAAUGCAGUGUAAAGUCCAAAAAAGAGACAGACUUGAGGAGGACAAGUUUCAGAAAUUGAGGAAAGACCAGAAAGAGAUCUUAAAAACCAGGAAGCUGCUUGUUCAUGGGAUAACAUACCUGCCUCCUCUAAAGGUGACCCCUGUUCCAGAUGGGGUGGACCCUUCGGACUGGCCAGAUGAUCUGAGUCAACGCAUGAGCGCCUCGUGGAGGGAUGGUUUGAGUAACUGGUGGGACGAAAAACUCGGACUAAACCGGGACGCCAAGAUCGAGGCCCUGCGAAGGAAGCGCCAUUGGGCAAAGAGAGCCAAAGCUAGAAACAGAGUCGCGCUUUCUUCAAGCUUCGCCUCGAGCGUCAGCUACCAGGACGAUCUCUCCGAAUGGUCAUCAGCCGCAAGUCAGUAUCUGGGUUCAGAUGCAGAGAGCAUUCAUUACAACUCUCAGAGUGCACCAGAGGAUGAGGCCGUUUUUGACCUGGAGAUGCUACCUAAGAACACAGAUUGUCACAGAGCGAGUCAGAACACAGAAAGGUGUUCAGAUGCGCCAGAACCAAUGAAAUCUUUAUUAAAAAGGCCUCAAAAAACUACAGAAAGCUCAGAGCAGGACAAAUCCUUUGAUACUUCCCAGUCCCCUCCAAUGGACUUCCAACACCUGCCAAGCCAGGCCUCUACCAUUGAAAGCAACUCUGGAGGUUUUUCUUCCCUGGUGGCCAGUUUGAAAGAGUCACAUUCUGACCAUCCAAAACCAAGACCGUGGCAGCAGCAGGACUACCUCAGUUCCCUCUUCGGAUCUUCUCAAGAACGUGGGCAGGAUGAGGAGGUCACUGCAUCAGUUGGUUGGAAAACUACCAGAUCGAAACCUUCGUAUCUUCUGUCGCCAUCACAGACUUCAACGAGGACCUCUUCACAGGCGUCCCAACCUCAGAAAAAGAAGUCUCGAAUGGGAUUCUGAAUUGGUCCACUGUGUACCUCUCACUCCAGCCGUCUUCGGGGAUCGUGGGCAGCUCUGGUGCGCCGCAGUAGCUGCUGUGCAGGUUCUGGGCCGUACGCCGGGACACGAUCCACACCAACUUCCUGUGAUUGGGUUUGGAGCAUGUAGGCGAGGAGUACUGCACCAGGCACUGGGCCACCAGGCCUCUCCAGAGCUGUAGCUCCGUCUCGGAGAUCUGCAACGUACACAUACAGUGGCAGUUACAUAACACACUCUCUCUGGGUGUAGUGUGCUGAUAGAUGAGGGUCAGACUGUUACUGAGCAUGCCUGGAAUUCUUUAUCUCUCAAAGCAAGCAAGACAGAUUUGUUAAGAGAAAAAGAGCUGUAUAGUGCUUGCAUCACCACAGGACAAAUGUUAACAUGCACUUUAUUUACUUUGCACUGAAGACUCAUUUUUUAGUUUUAGAUCAUAGUGAUAUGAUCAUAGCUAAUAUCUAACGACAUGUUGUAGUUAAUGAAUUUCCUGUCUGAAAUAAACUGGUCACAUUUGAUCAUUUUACCCUCAA